AUAUAAAAAGACAAAAAAACGGAAAAAUUAAACAUAAGAAAAUUUACCAAUAUUGAACGCUAAAAUUGAGAAGAAAAAAAUGCCUUGCGAUGGUAAAAAUCCAAAUUGUGAUAGAAGACGCAAUUUACUAGCGCAAUUAAAAUGUUUAAUUAGCUCAAUGGAUAGAAAGAAGCCAUGUGAAUGGGACGAUCUAUCUUGUCCACCUGUAAUAUGCUAUCCCACAGAAAUAUCUUUCCAUAAUUUACCUUACUGCAAAUUUGUUAAACCAUGUAAGUACUUUGAUUUUCGGGCGAGUAUAAUGUACAAAUGUGAAUGCAUCAAGAGGAAUGGUUUACAAGAUAGAUGCUUGAUGUGGGAUUGUAUGGGUAGACCCGAGUGUAUGACAAAAUUAUAUCCAAUUUGCGAACCUGGUCACGCAGCAUUAUUGAGGUUAACCGAUUUUGGCGACGUGGAGACAGCUCUCAGAAAGUUCUAUUGUACGGACCAAGCAAGAGAAACAGCGCUGACUGCGUAUUGUAGACUAGUUUGCGAUAAAGCUCGUCAAAGACAAACUUUACCAUGUAACAAAAAUAAUUUUGAGAAUGUUGAAACUUUUUACACUGCAAAAAGCGACAUGUCAAAUGCCAUAAAUUAUAAUUUAGAUGACAAUGAUAAACUAGGAUAUUUCAAUAAUUUCUCAUCUUUAUAUCAAUUUUGUGAACCGCCAUUACCAUAUGGACUGUAAUCUUGCAAUGAAUAUUGUUUAUCUUACAAUUAGAAGAGUCACUUCUUUCGUGUAGUGCAUAUUGAAUUACUGUGUCAAUUUUGUUUUUCAUGUACACACUUUUUAUUGUAAAAUAAAACAAUAAAA